AUGAUAGAGUGUACGAAGAUUAGACCGGGCCACGGGGAUUUUCAGUGGAUACAACAAUUUGGACAUGUGGAGGCUGAAUACUUAAACCCAUCAGUGUCUGAUCACUCCCCAAUACUUGUAAAAUGUGGCCAGCAAGUGCAUCUGCAUCCUAGACCUUUUAGAUUCUAUCCUAAUGUCAUGGAGCAUCCUGGUUUUCAUGAUACAUUGCUAGCUGUAUGGCAACAAGGAAAUGGAAGUCACACUAUGGUAAGUAUUUGGAGGAAACUAAAAGAGAUGAAGGUGCAGCUGAAACAUAUAAAUGCUUAUAUGGCAUCUUACUCACAAAAACUGAGGUUGGCUAGGGAAAAGCUUGAAAUUAUUCAGGGACAGCUGCAGGACAAUCUAGAAUGUACUGUGCUGAUUGAAGAAGAGAGAAAGCUCCUGCAAGAGAUUGAGAAGUGGAGUAUGGUGGAAGAGCAAGUGCUGAGACACAAGGCAAGAGCAACAUGGAUAGAAUGUGGUGAUUCCAACUCCAAGUACUUUCAUGCACAAUGGAAAAUAAGAACUAGCCAAAAUACCAUUUCCUCUAUCUAUACUGAUGCUGGGACUAAACUUUCUGACCCUGUACUUAUUGAACAGGAGUUUAUAUCUGUGUUUUCAGGUUUAAUGGGUGAUUGUGCAGCUGAACUACCAUGCCUUAAUAUCGAAGUAGUUAGAGCUGGCAAAUGCCUUACAAUCCAACAACAAAGGGCACUAAUACAAGAGAAUUGGGAUACGAUUAAAGAGGAUGUCUUUGACGACGAUAAAACGAGUUCUAUGCAACUGGAGAACUUGCCCCUAUGA